AUGGAAGUCACCGGCGAACCCAUCCGGGUGCAAUCCCUACUUCAAUCGGGUCUAUCCCGGGUUCCACCUGAAUACAUCCAACCCCCUCAAAACCGACCCAUUCAAACCGAUCCUGAUGCCACCAUCCCCGUCGUCGACCUCUUCCAUUUCAACACCAACCACCGCGAUUCCACCCGGAAAGCAAUUCGACGAGCCUGCCAUGAAUGGGGCGCCUUCCACGUCACCAACCACGGCAUCCCGGCAACCCUCCUCGACACGGUGCGCCGCGCAGGCCUUGCCUUCUUCAACGAAUGUUCCAUGCCAGAGAAACUCCGAUAUGCCUGCACCGCCGGCGCUGCGGCAUCAGAGGGAUACGGAAGCCGUAUGCUGGUAAGCUCCGAGGAUGAAGGAAACGAUACCGUCUCAGAGGUUCUCGAUUGGAGAGACUACUUCGAUCAUCAUACUUUUCCCCUUUCUCGACGGAACCCUAAUCGUUGGCCGAAUUUUACAUCCGAUUACAGGGAAUCAGUAGCGAAGUACAGUGAUGAGAUGAAGAUUCUGGCACAAAAGUUACUAGCUUUGAUAUCAGAGAGUCUUGGGUUGCGAUCCUCUUGCAUUGAAGAUGCUGUUGGGGAUUUUUAUCAGAAUAUUACUAUUAGUUAUUACCCUCCAUGUCCUCAACCGGAUUUAACACUUGGUUUGCAAUCACAUUCUGAUAUGGGUGCUAUUACCCUUUUGAUUCAAGAUGAUGUGGGUGGUCUUCAGGUUCUAAAAAGUGGUGAUGAUGAUAGGUGGCUCACUGUGCAGCCCUUGUCAGAUGCUAUUCUUGUUCUUUUGGCUGAUCAAACUGAGAUUAUAACAAAUGGAAAGUACAGGAGCUGUGUGCAUAGAGCAGUUACUAAUCCUGAUAGACCAAGGCUCUCUGUGGCAACAUUUCAUGACCCAGCCAAGACAGUCAAGAUCUCCCCUGCAUCUGAACUCAUCACGGAUUCAUCACCAGCCAAAUACCGGGGUGUUGUUUAUGGAGACUAUGUAUCUUCGUGGUAUACCAAAGGCCCAGAAGGAAAACGAAAUAUUGAUGCACUUCUUCUAGAAUCUUAA